AGAACCGCGCGCGGGACCGAACCCGCGUGUCCCCGGGACCGGCACCGGGACCUGGCACCGGGAUCGGCACCGGGACCCGGCACCGGGGCCGCCGCCAUGGCCCAGCUCCGCAUCACCAACUUUUUCGGCCAGACAAAAGCGGCCACCGGAGUCCCGGCCAAACGCGGCGGCGGCCAUCGGCUCAAGGCCGCCCUCGCCGGUGCUUCGGUGCCCCGGGAGGAGGAGGAUGGUGGUGCCCCGGCGGGGCUCAGUGCCCGCUCGCCGCCGCUGCUCCGGUCACCCCGCACUCCGGCCCGCGGGGACUCCCCGGCCGUGCGGGGGCUGGCGGGCAGGAAGAGGAGCCGCCGGGACAUGGAAGCGGAGUCGCCAGUCGGAGCCCGGUUCGGGGAACCGAGCGGGAAGUCGGCGCGGAAGAGGCUGGAGCCACCCCGGGAUGCGGAACCGGGGUCUCCGGACGCGGCCACCAACCUCUCUCUGCUGGCUACUGCUCAACCCCUGAUACCCUCCUCGCAGGACCUGGCAGUGCCCCUCCCGACCACCCCCAGCUCACAGCAGGACACGGGGACACAGCCUGGCACAGCCUCCCCGGGGACAGCCCGGCGCCUGCAGCGGGAGGACGUGGCCAAGCUGCGGGGCCGCCUGCAGAGGAUGAAGGAGCUGGCCCAGCUGCCAUCUGUGCCCAGUGGGACCAGCACAGACCUGCGGGGCCGCCUGGAGCGAGUGCGGCAGCUGGAGCUGCGGAUCCAGCAGAGGAAAGCGGAAAGUGAAGCCACAUCGGGAGCACGGCCAUCCAGGGACACUGGAGCAGCAGCUUCUGCGGCAGAGGCCGGAGAGAAGCCCCCAGCAUACCAGCGGUUCCACACCCUUGCUCAGGACCUGCCCCCAGGGCUCACGCUGCCCUACAAGUUCAAGGUGCUGGCAGAGAUGUUCCGCAGCUUGGACACCAUCGCCGGGAUGCUCUUCAACCGCGCCGAGACCAUCACCUUUGCCAAGGUCAAGCAGGGGGUGCAGGACAUGAUGCGCAGGCAGUUUGAGGAGCGUCACGUGGGGCAGAUCAAGGCUGUGUAUCCCACCUCGUACCGGCUGCGCCAGGAGAAGAACAUUCCCACGUUUGGUGAUGGCAGGAAGAAGUCAGACUACCAGCUCACGCUGGAGCCAGUGGUGGGAGAAGAGGAGAAGGUGGAUGGUCGCCCUCACCUGUCGGCGUCGCGGUUGUUGGAGCGCAGGAAGGAAUUCCGUCGGAACCUGGUGAACAUCGUCAAGCAGCACCACAAGGCAUUCCUGGCCACUCUCAGCCCUCCCCUGGAGGUGCCAGAGGAGAAGCUGACCCGCUGGCAUCCCCGCUUCAAUGUGGAUGAGGUGCCGGACAUCAGCCCUGUGGAGCUGCCGCAGCCGCCGCAGGAGGACAGGCUGAGCACGGCCCAGGAGGUGCUGAGCACAGCUCGGGGGAUGCUGAGCCCCAAGAUGGAAAAAGCUCUUGCCAACCUGGCCUUAAGAACAGCCGAAGCCGGUGCGGGGGAACCGGUGCUUUCCAAAGCACCGUCCCCUGCCAGCACCGCCAGCGCUCUCAAAGGGGUGUCCCAGGCGCUGCUCGACAGGAUCCGGGCAAAGGAGGCGCGGAAGCUGCAGGCGCUGAUGACGCGGGACACGCAGCAGGAGGAGCGCGUGGCCAUGCUGGGCCGGCUGCCGGCCAUGGCCCGAGUCCUGCGCAGCGUCUUUGUGGCUGAGAAGAAGCAGGCGCUGUCCAUGGAGGUGGUUUGUGCCCGCCUGGGCGACAGCUACGACGAGCUGAUGGCACCUGCUGAGAUGGAGAAGCACCUGCGGCUCUUCGCGGAGCUCCUGCCUGACUGGGUGGGCAUCCACACCAUCAGGACAGACACCUACAUCAAGCUGGACAAAGAGAAGGACCUUGGCCUCAUCACUGAGAGGCUCACCAAGGCGGCGAAGGAGGCGGAAGCCCUCUGAGCCCCCUAGGGAUCGAGGUUUGCCCUGUGCAAUCUCCUCUAAAUGUAGAAAUCCCGACUGCACUCUGAGUUCUGGUGUGGGCUGAUGGGAGGCUUAUCCUUAGGGGUGUCUGAGGAAAGGCAGAAUGCCUUAAUUUUUUUUUAAGAUAUCCUAGGGUGGGACCCAUGAGGGCUGUAGCUCCCCUAAUCCUCAAGCAAUCCUACAUCCUGGGGUGACAAUGCAAGCGAUGAAAAUGAGCUGAGGAACCUCUUCUUGGCUUUCCUGUGUUCUACUGAAGUUUUAAUGCAGGAUGUUUCUCCUGAAGAUCUAAUUUUUGAGGUCUCUUCCAUGAACUGGGUCCUGGUGGGGUGAAGGCAGGACGGGGCAGGGUGAGGUGAGAGGGUGACAGGCAGGAAGGAGUGAGAGAGAAAGUCACAAAUCGACAUUCUUGGAGCUUUGGGCCUUGUUCUGUUUUUAAGGGAGGGAAAACGCAUCUUCCAGCCGUCACUGGAAACAACUACAGGACUUGUCAAAACAUAUUUGUAUUAAAUGUUUUAAAUAUAGCUGACUUGUGUUAACCC